ACUUAAAGUAGAUUCCUUAUGUUUAGUGAGUAUCUAUUGGAGAUAGUGUUUGAGGUCACUGAUAUUGUAGUGAUAAAAAAGAAAGCUUUUACUUUAAAAUCUCUCGAACAGAAGGGUUACAGAUGGUCUUUUUGCUUCUAUUGAUAGCAAGUUUUCGUCAAUAUCGUUCAGUGCCAUCAAUUCUCUUUACAAGGUCCUCAAUUAAAGACCAACUGAUCAAAAACAUGUGUAUAAUUAUUUAUAUAACAAAAGCAGUCACAUUGAAACAUAUUUUUCUUAGGGUGAAAAAAAUUCGACAACAAUGAAAUCGAUAACUAAAGAUAUUACAUGUACUGAACUAUAGGUAAAUUCAAGCGGAGCAAUAUAAGAAUCUAUAUUUUAAUCCAAUAUUCGAAAUAUGAAAUUAAAGAUAAAAUGAAUAGGUAACUUUCAAAACUUGAAUUGCAGCCUCAAUGCAUAUAAUUGACGGUUUUGUGACUCAACAUAAUCGACCUCCAACCAGCCAUAUACCCAACGGUGUAUGAAUGAGAGAGGUGAGCGAUAUAUAUUUAUAUUUUUCCAAAUUACUAUAUCAUUUUUAAAAGAAAAACAACGAGCAAAGGUUGCAUAGGAAUGAACAAUUUAACACACCAUUAUUAAACAACAAAUGCUUUUUCAAAAAAAAGAAUAUCAGGAAUACACAUGCACAUGUAAAUAAAUCGGAUUUCACCAAGAAAUACACUAGUGGAAAACAUAUUUUUAUUUAGAAUAUAUAUUUGAUUUGAACAGAAUAAUGCACAUUCUAUCUUUCAGAGAUUAUUAUACUUCUUUUUGAAAUUGUAAUGCUAAAAAUUUUGCCUAAUUUUUCCUUUGCAUGAUAGUGUGUACAAUUUGAAUUAUGCCUGAAUAGGAAAAAAACUCAUUGAACGCUAAAGUAUUUUUAGAGGAAAAGUCUUAUUCAGUACACGUCAUACUGUUCAAUUAAAUGUGUGGUUUUACUUACAUGUACAUGUUGAAAAUACUGAUAGCGAUCGCACUUCCAAUCUAAGUCAACUACUGGGUAUAUGACGCUUUCCUUAAAAAUACAGUCAAGAUGAUGUUUGUAUAUGGGAUGCUAAUGAAUACUAUUAUUGUCUGUUUUCCGUGGUUUGAUGCCUUUUCUGAUGGACAAAGUCUCCAAUACUGCAUUUCAGAAAAACCUUGCGAAAGUGCAACUGCAGCAACACUAUUUGAGCCCAAACAUAGAGCAGUAAACUGUCGAUACAAUGGAACCGAAAAUUACUGUGAUCGCUAUAUCACCCUCGGAUGGUACCGAUUUGACUUUGACCUGGUCACUUAUCCCCCCGCCUUAGGAAGCUGUGGAGCGUUGUAUCCAUACUGGUUAAACGGAAAUAUACCAUUGGGAUAUGAGGAAGAAAUUGAUGGAACCGUGUGCCAAGUUGGUUUCUCGCACCCUUGUACGAAAAAAGUCCCAAUAAGAAUUCGAAACUGUGGUUUAUUCAGAGCAUAUUGCCUUGCGGCUCUAGAUGCCUGUCCAGAAAGAUAUUGUUUUGGAGAAAUAGAUCCUACCUGUCAAUCAACAACAGAAGGAGAAAUCACAACAAGUGUAACAGCGGAACUUACUGCAACAUCACGUGGUGGUACAGAUUCUGUUAUAACCAUUCAAAACAUAACACUAAGUGUAUCUGAUCCGCUACGUGAUGCAAUUUCUGAAGCAACAGAUCGAAAUACAACACUUCCUAAUGCUGAUUCUGUUACAACCGCCCGAAUCUCAACACUGCCUGGUUCUAUUUCUGUUACAAGCGCCAGGAUUGCAACACUGCCUGGGGCUUCUUCCAGUGAUAGUUUUAAUGCAUUGACUAUGGUGCUAUUGGUUUCAAUACCUUCAGUGCUGGUGUUGGUCAUUUUGAUUGGAAUUUUUACAAGGAUAGUAUGUCAUUCAUCAAUUUGCAAGAAGCCACUUGCAAUUAUUACUUCAGAAAAUGAAUAUGACCAUAUUAACAUAAGUGAGAGGAAUCUUGAGGUAGGCACAUAUGAUCAGCUUAAAGUGAGGAUUGGGGACAGGCAGCCAGUGACAGAGAGUAAGGAGAGACAAUAUGCUGAUCUCACAGAGAGUAAGGAUGAAGAGUAUGUUGAUAUCGCGGAGAGUAAGGAUGGAGAGCAUACUGAUCUCGUGGAGAGUAAAGAUGGAGAUUAUACUGAUCUCAUGGAGAGUAAAGAUGGACAAUAUACCGAUCUCCUGGAGAUUAAGGAUUAUCAACAGAAGGAACAAGAAGGCGAAUAUCAAGCAUUGGAAAAGAUCACAAACCAGAGUUUACAGUGUUAGUGACAGAUAAAAUGGAAUCAGAAUAUAAUCUGGUCAAAGAUGUCAAGAAUGUUAAUAACAAUUUAUUUUAAAAAAUGGUUAUCAAUUCUGAAAUGUAUAUUACAUGUACUAAGUAUUGUAAUAAAAGUGUUUUAUUUUGUUUUGUAAACAAGUGUAUGUCAAUUUAAUAUAUCAAAAAAUGCUCUUUCUGCGAACAGAUAUCAACAUGACAUUAAUUUUUUUAAAAU